CCGAAACGUCAAAUUCUUCCCCACCUCAACGCUCAAUGGUCAGCAAACGGUCUCUACACCACCCAAUCUGACACACCAUCCACAUAUAAAAUCCCGCCUAACUGGGCUACAGCCGCAUUCCACACCACUGUCGAGAUUCCCUAUGUUCCCUCUACCCCACCCCCAGGCACACCGUACCCCGACCCCAGGCACACCGUACCCCCACCCCGCCCCAACGGCCCCCACACUUCCCCGACCUCUCAGAUCACUCCCGAAAUUCCUCCGUGCCCCAGCCCUGUCCCUCUAUCCAACGACCAUGAGGUCCCCCCCCGUCGCUUCUCCUAUCCAGCUACCACCUCGAGACAUUCCCACCUCUUCCUCUGCCCCUAUACCACCUCCACUCAGCCCCUAUACCACCUCCACUCAGCCCCUAUACCACCUCCACUCAGCCCUAUCCCCAUCCCCACCAUCUCUCCUGCACCCAGCCCUGUACCCAUUCCCACCAUUUCUCCUGCACCCUCCCAUAUACCUUUCCCACUCCAACUCUCCACAACGAUGAUUUCACCUAUACCACCACCUCCUUCUCCCGUUCCCCUCAAUGGCUACUGGAGUGACUUCGGCCACGGUCCGACUAGCGCUUCCCCUCCUAUUUCGAAAUCUCUUGGUUUCGGCCCUGAUGCUGAUUUCUCGGAUUCUGAGACUACCCCAUUAACCGCACAAGUCGCACACAUCCUUACUCUGCCUUCUCAACCCUCCGCCCAUCCACCUCCUAUACAAUUUCCUCCACUGUCGGCGAUCUACCGACUGACAUCGCUCGCCUCCGCUCGAUCCAGACUCGCUUCCUCCCUGACGACUCUCCCACUCAACACCAUCUCCACCAGAUGA